GGUUGAAAGUGAAGGCAAGAAAAUUGUCUUUCCAGAGGACUCAUCUGUGCACUGCCCCAUUUUCUCCAUUCAGGAAGGAAUAGUUUCUCCGAGUGACCUUGACCUUGUCAUGUCAGAUGGCCUGGGCAUGCGGUAUGCGUUCAUCGGACCCCUAGAAACUAUGCAUCUCAAUGCAGAAGGUAUGUUAAGCUACUGUGACAAAUACAGUGAAGGCAUGCAACGUGUCCUAAAGACUUUUGGACCCAUUCCAGACUUUUCCGGGGCCACAGUUGAAAAAGUUAAUCAGGCCAUGUGUGUGAAAGUUCCCGAUGAUCCAGAGCACUUAGCUGCCAGAAGGCAGUGGAGGGACGAGUGUCUUCUGAGACUUGCCAAGUUGAAAAGGCAGAUGCAGUCCCAGUAGCUACUGUCCUUCUUCAGUGGGAGUCCUUGUUGGCGGAAUUACAAGCACUUAAUCCAGCCUCUCUGAAAGAGUGGGAAGCCAGGUUGCCUUCCCAAAGAUUCGGAAUGAGACCUCCUCCCUCUGGCAGGCCACAGCCGUGGGGCUGUGGGGUCUUCUGAUCAUGCCCUGGCCUUGGGUGUCACAGCUGCCCUGGGUUCCCAGGGCUGUCGACUCCCUGCCACCUGGGCAAACAAGAGAGCAAAUCGUCUGAAGAUUUUUACCUUCUAUUUUCAGUGUGAUUCUGUGCGGCUACGUUUUGUAGCCAAUGAUUGUGGUUUCAUGUUUGUUUUAAUCUGUAGCAAAGUAGUUUUGUGAUUAUUUUCCAAUCCGCUUCUGAGUACCCUGUGGCCCUGCAUUGAUGAGGCACCUGCCUUCAUUUUGUUAAUGCCUCUUCGGAAUAAAAAUUUUUGAUUGCAUAAAGA